AAAUAUUAGCAAGACAAUAUUGGCGAAGACAAACAAAUAAAUAGCAGCAUUAUUAAAAAAAAAGUAGCAUGGUGCGUUUGAAUGCGGCUGCAACACAAGACCAAAACAAACCACAAGUACAGCACGCACACCACAACAACAAUAGCAGCAAUAAUACCAACAACAAUAACAACACAGAUAGCCAACAACAGCAACAGUACAACAAUACCAGCAACAAUAGCAACAACAAUAGUAAUUCAAGCAACAAUGUUGCUACAAUCGCUGCAACAUCAACCACAACAACAGCAACAACACGUCAUAUUGCAUCGCAUUCGAAUUUAAGCUGUCAGGCUGCAGUGUUCGAGCGUCCCACUAGUAACGCUACAGCACUUCAGACAAACUCAUUGGUAACCACUACCACAACGCUGGCAACAACAGGCGGUGGUAUCGUUAUGGUUGUGCCGCAGCAGCAGCAGCAAAUGCAGCUGCAGCUGCUGCAACAACAACAACAGCAGCCACCAAAUCCAACACAACAUCAACACACACAACAGGCACAAUAUGCACAUCCGCAUGCGCAUACCAUUGUACACACAGUGGCAGCACACCACGUGCCACAUCAUGUGCCACAACCACCGCCACAAGCCAAUGCUGCUGGCGUCAUACAUCAGCAACAGCUGUCUGGAACUGAUAACUCAGCUAAUUCGCUAACAGCAUCACCUCCACUGUUGCAACAAGCACCACAACCACAACAGGGUGCUGCACAAAUUGUGCCAACCCCAGUGUGCGCAGUACAUCAUCCGCAACAGCAUCAACAGCAACAAUUGGCUAUAGUUGCUGCAAUGCAACAGCAAGCUGCUGCACAUAUGGUGGCGACUGGUGGUGCUAUGGGUCCACCACCGCCACCACCACAUAUACAUCAUGCACACCAUGGUCCACAAAUGCAGCCAAAUCCAGCCAAUGUUGGCACAACACAACAACAACAACAACAACAACAGCAGCAGCAACAACAACAACAACAGCAGCAACAAUCUCAACAUUCCCAAUCACAACAUGUACAAGAGAAUGGUCUUGUGCAUGCCGGUCCAGGUGUUUCACCAAGCGGUUCCACUAGCAGCAGCAUUGGCAGUAGUGCUGGCAGUUGUGUUAGUGGUGGUGGACCAGUUGUUGCUGCCGCACCGCCACAACCACCACCACCACCAGGUCCAGUUUAUAUACAAUAUCCUGGUGAAUUUUUUCCAGCUGAAUACUAUAUUCCGCAUCCGCAUGAGGGCAUAUGCCCACAACAUCCGCACCAUCAUCAACAACUGUGUGCCAUGCCCACGGAUUAUGGUAAGAAACUGAACGACGAUGAAGACAUCAUGUAUCCAAAUUCCGGUUAUUAUUAUUGUCCAGCAACUGUUCAAAUGGUUUCUCAAAACCGACCCCCACCAAUGCCGGUACCCGUACCAGUGCCACAGGGUCAGGUAGUGCAACCAUAUGUCAAUGAGAACGGUACCUUUACACACGUUGUGCUUUCGCCACAACAGUAUCAGCAACUACAUGCGGGACAAGGACAUAUACAUACGCCAUUUAAAAAUGGUAAAAAGAAUUUCUCAAGUGAGUAA